AUGAUUGCGCUGAAGCAAACCACAAACUUUCAAAACUGCUUGACCAGCUCAAUCCACAGCUCUGAAAAGGCAGACUACAUUUACCGGUAUAUCUCGUGUCGGCCCUUGCUGCAUAUUUUUUCGCCUCGAUCUCGAAAAAAGGAGACUACACAUGUCACGUGUAUCAUCGACGAUUAUGCAAUUGGUUUUUCGUGGGCACAAAUGUCAUGCAAUGCGUUGCUCAUUUCAUAUAGCCGUACGCUCUUACAGAUAUGA